CUGAACUUCCUGGAUCUAGUAAAAAGUAAACAACGUACGACUUAUGGUUUGAUCUCACAGUAUCAGCAUUUUGUCACAAUGGCAGGGUUUGAUCCGGACGAUAAAUAUAGUUGGUAUUUUGGUCCACUUAAUCGAGAUGAAGCCAAUGAGAUUUUACAGCCGAUACAAUCAGCAGGAGAGUUCCUAGUUCGUGACAGCCAAUCUAUAAAAGGCGACUUUGUGCUAUGUGUAAAGGAAGAUAAUAAAGUAAGUCAUUAUAUAAUCAACAAAAUUGCUGUUGGCAAUACAACAAGAUUUCGGAUAGGAGACCAGGAGUUCACGGAUAUCCCAAACCUUCUCAGCUUUUAUAAAACACAUUAUCUGGACACGACGUCUCUCAUUAAACCAGCCACGAGGCUGAAGGUGAUCGCCAAAUUUGACUUCGGAGGAAAUGAUCCAGAAGAUUUACCGUUUAGGAAAGGCGAGGUUUUAGAAGUUAUAUCAAAAGACGAAAAAGAUUGGUGGACGUGUCGAAAUAGUAACAAUCGAGUGGGACAAAUCCCUGUACCUUAUGUUGUGAAAUUUGACGGAGAGAUGAGUGAACAGUUGCUGGACCUGAAUGGCCCAGAGCAAUCACAUGGUCGGGGGUAUAUGUCUCCGGCCAAUCCUGUUAACCAGCCGAGUCAGGUAAAAUUGCCGGCAUUGGCAGUAGUUAUACAGCCACGAAUACCAAACCUUUACGACAAGACACAAUUGAAAUUAGAGAAAGGUGAAAUUGUAACAGUGACUAAAAUGAAUAAAAAUGGGCAAUGGGAAGGAGAGAUUCAAGGACGGAAAGGAAUAUUUCCAUUCACCCAUGUUCGAUUUAUUGACCAGGAUGGAACUGGGACGUAGCCAUGAAUCAGCAAACCUUAGGCUUUUUAUACUGUACAAUCUACCUAACUCUGGUGGUCAGUUUUAAUACCAGUAAUGUACCGAUAAGUGACUGUCCAUUUGGUCUGAUCCCUGGAGAUAUUUAGUGGAGCGGUAGAUGACACUACACACAUGCUUCUAUAGACUGUUGUUACUGGAACAGAGAAACACAGACAGACAAAUCAUGAUAUGCUUAUUCAAGAAAUAGGAAAAAUGGUGAUAUGUGUUUAAAUGUAUUAGUUUAUAAUACUAUGUACAGGGAUAUAUUCCCUAAAAUACAAAAUGUAUAAUCACUCUGCAGAGUUUUAUUCACAAAGUGUUAAUUUCAUCAUAAAAAAUUUGUAAAUACAGAGAAAACAAUGUCCUUACGUUGGCUGACAAUAAACACAGCCUCUUUACUGAGGGUGAAGUGACAUUGGCUGACAAUAAAAACAGCCUCCUGACCGAGGGUGAAAGUAACAUUGACUGACAAUAAAAACAGCCUCUUGACUGAGGGUGAAAGUGACAUUGGCUGACAAUAAAAACAGCCUCCUGACUGAGGGUGAAAGUGACAUUGGCUGACAAUAAAAACAGCCUCCUGACUGAGGGUGAAAGUGACAUUGGCUGACAAUAAAAACAGCCUCCUGACUGAGGGUGAAAGUGACAUUGGCUGACAAUAAACACAGCCUCCUGACUGAGGGUGAAAGUGACAUUGGCUGACAAUAAAAACAGCCUCCUGACUGAGGGUGAAAGUGACAUUGGCUGACAAUAAACACAGCCUCCUGACUGAGGGUGAAAGUUACAUUGACUGACAAUAAAAACAGCCUCCUGACUGAGGGUGAAAGUGACAUUGGCUGACAAUAAACACAGCCUCCUGACUGAGGGUGAAAAAGACAUUGGCUAACAAUAAAAACAGCCUCCUGACUGAGGGUGAAAGUGACAUUGGCUGACAAUAAACACAGCCUCCUGACUGAGGGUGAAAGUGACAUUGGCUAACAAUAAAAACAGCCUCCUGACUGAGGGUGAAAGUGACAUUGGCUGACUAUAAACACAGCCUCCUGACUGGGGGGUGAAAGUAACAUUGGCUGACAAUAAACACAGCCUCCUGACUGAGGGUGAAAAAGACAUUGGCUAACAAUAAAAACAGCCUCCUGACUGAGGGUGAAAGUGACAUUGGCUAACAAUAAAAACAGCCUCCUGACUGAGGGUGAAAGUGACAUUGGCUGACAAUAAACACAGCCUCCUGACUGAGGGUGAAAGUGACAUUGGCUAACAAUAAAAACAGCCUCCUGACUGAGGGUGAAAGUGACAUUGGCUGACAAUAAACACAGCCUCCUGACUGAGGGUGAAAGUGACAUUGGCUGACUAUAAACACAGCCUCCUGACUGAGGGUGAAAGUGACAUUGGCUGACAAUAACACAGCCUCCUGACUGAGGGUGAAAGUGACAUUGGCUGACUAUAAACACAGCCUCCUGACUGAGGGUGAAAGUGACAUUGGCUGACAAUAAACACAGCCUCCUGACUGAGGGUGAAAGUGACAUUGGCUGACUAUAAACAGCCUCCUGACUGAGGGUGAAAGUGACAUUGGCUGACAAUAAACACAGCCUCCUGACCGAAGAUAAAAGUGAAUAUUGAAUGUUAGAUAUUGCAGUGUGACAGAUUAAUUUUUUUUUGUCUUGUUUGUAUGCUCUGGCCUUUUUGGAUGGGGGUGUCUGUCUGUCUCGUUUUGAAUAAGUGUCAUAUCCUAAGAACCUCUCUAUAAAUUUGGUUCAUAUUUACUCCAGAGAAUCAUAACAUCAAGGUCUACACACAGUGAUAUUAAAAAGGUCAUUAAGAUGGGUAAAAAGGUCAAAAGUCACAAUUAACAACUUCUACAAAUUUGUCAAAUAAUGAUACAUACAUCAAUGGAAACUGGGGUAUUGAUGUCUUGCAGAUAUUUUCAUUUUUUGUUUUUUAAGUUGUGUAAAAGCUGUAUGAGUUUGGAUAUCAAAUUAAAUGUCAUUUGCCAAGUUAAAUCUUUGCUUCAAGCUUAAAGAAAAGUUAAGCUAAAUUAUCACUAGAGAUUGACUGAUGGUGAUAUGUUAUGCUUGGUGUAUGUCUAUCAGUGUAAGAUUAUAGAGAAAAUGAGUGAGAGUGAGUGCUUCAGUUUUUUACUUUGUAGCUUCAUAUUGAAGCAUGUUGUAUACCUUAACAUUCAAAAUCUUAUCUGUUAGUCUCAAAUUAUGUGUCAGGACUAACAGUUCUAACAAAACUUUCUAUGAUUUUUAUGUAAGUGGAUAUGUAUCAAAGAGAGAUAACUGGAUCACUCCCCCCUCACACAGGUUACAAAUCGAAGGAAAAUAUUCUUAUUGAAAAAAUGUGUCUUAUGUUUAAAGGAGAGAUAUUUGGUGAUUAUGGAGUUCACCCUUAGAUUCCUGAUGACUAGUCAGAGAGAUUGUUGGUAUAUAUUAAUUAUUAUUGAUAAACACGCUUAUCAUCAUCAUAUAUAGUGUUGUCCAUACUUCAGUGUAUAUAGGGAAGUAUGCCCCAUCUGGUGUUUCAGUCCAUGUGACCACAGUUAUUAUAUCAAGUCACCCAAAUAUGACAUUAACAGUGUAUAUCAGCCAUAUUUCAGUGUAUAUAGGGAAGUGCGCCCCAUCUGGUGUUACAGUCCAUGUGACCACAGUUAUUGUACCAAGUCACCCAAAUAUUACAUUAACAAUGUAUAAUAUCAGCCAAAUUUCAGUGUAUAUAGGGAAGUACGCCCCAUCUGGUGUUACAGGCCAUGUGACAACAGUCAGUGUAUUACGAGGCAUGAUCAUUUUUGAGUUGUAGCUGGUCCGCGAGCCUAUACAUGUGUAAUAUCAGCUGCUAUAACUUAUAUAUAUAUAAAUCUAUGACAUCAACCUAUUAUAUACUAGAAUAGAAAUGAUAUGUAAAUCAUGAGAUUGAUUUAUCUGAUUAUGUUUAAUAUUUAUUGAGAUUCUAUAUACACUGUAGUUUUUUAUUACCAAUGUUAUAUAAUGUUGUAAUCUUGAGUUUGAAUCUACUUGUUGGUGCUGGAAAGUCUGCCAUGUAUUUCUGUUUCUUUACUUUUUUAGAAAGAACUUAAAAACACAAGUUUUAUUGAUAUUUAUUCAGUCGUCAAUUAAUUUGUUUUUUAGAUUAAUAGAAAUAUUUUGUAUGGCCUUUUCUAAAAGUUCAAAUUUUUCUGAAUUGCGAUUUUACGAUUUUCAUCAGACAUUUAUUCGAAAAUAUUUCAGUAAGAAAGUUUUUCCUUGUAGUUAUGUUCAGCUGCUGUGUUCUGACGUUAGAAGUUAGAAGAAAAAAACAGCAUCAAAUCAAAAUGGUGUCAAAGUGAUUUAACUCUAAGCAGGAAUGAUGUUAUGUUUAAUUAAUAUGUUAAAGAAGAGAAUUGUCUAUUAGAACUAAUUUUUGAAGGUUGUAUGCUGAAGCCACCUAUUGAAGCUAUCUUUCAUUGUCGUUUAGGAUCAAAAAGAUCAUUUUGAGUUGAUACGAAUAUAUAUCAAGGUGUCAAAUGUGUCAGAUUCUUUCAAAAGCUGCUGUUAUGAGAUUAAACAGAUCAUCUUUCUAGGUACUGUAAACCAGCUCUCUUUGGCAUCUACAAACUUUUAGAGUGGCAAGUUCACAUUGUUUUUAUCAGUUUACUUUUUCUCUACUCAGCGGUUUUAUGAAAUGUACCAUAUUUGAUUAAUGGAGAAGUAUAUAUACCAAGUCUAUACAGGUAUCAAUGUCUUUAGAAACAGAGAUAAAUAGAACUUGUAGCCACCAUGGAAUACUUCAUAUAUAAUGGAGUUAUUCCAGACUUAAUUUACUGCGAUAACUUCCACAAAUUUGUUUUGAUCGGAAAAUUUGUGGAAGUAAAUCACAUGCAAAAGGAAGUUGGUGUGCAGUAAUUGUUUCCAUUAAAUUAUUAAACUAUUACAUUGCUGUUUGGAAACUGAGAUUCUUACUUCAUAGGAAAAGAAAUAUAUUUAUUGUUCAACAAUGUUUCUUUCAAACAAACAAAAAAUACCAGAAAUUAGGUUUCGUGGCCCAGGGAGGACAAAACUCAGGCUUUACCAGUAGGUUUGAUGACCCAGGGAGGUUAAAAGUCAGGCUUUACCAGUAGGUUUGUUGACCCAGGGAGGUUAAAAGUCAGGCUUUACCUGUAGGUUUGGUGACCCAGGAAGGUUAAAAGUCAGGCUUUACCAGUAGGUUUGAUGACCCAGGGAGGUUAAAAGUCAGGCUUUACCAGUAGGUUUGAUGACCCAGGGAGGUUAAAUGUCAGGCUUUACUAGUAGGUUUGUUGACCCAGGUAGGUUAAAAGUCUGGCUUUACCAGUAGGUUUGAUGACACAGGUAGGUUAAAUGUCUGGCUUUACCAGUACGUUUGGUGACCCAGGUUGGUUAAAAGUCAGGCUUUACCAGUAGGUUUGUUGACCCAGGAAGGUUAAAAGUCCGGCACUACAAGUAGGUUUGGUGACCCAGGUAGGUUAAAAGUCAGGCUUUACCAGUACGUUUGGUGACCCAGGGAGGUUUAAUGUCAGGCUUUACCAGUAGGUUUGUUGACCCAGGGAGGUUAAAUGUCAGGCUUUACUAGUAGGUUUGUUUACCCAGGUAGGUUAAAAGUCCGGCUUUUCCAGUAGGUUUGAUGACACAGGUAGGUUAAAAGUCCGGCUUUACCAGUAGGUUUGGUGACCCAGGUAGGUUAAAAUCAGGCUUUACCAGUACGUUUGGUGACCCAGGGAGGUUAAAUGUCAGGCUUUACCAGUACGUUUGGUGACCCAGGGAGGUUAAAAGUCAGGCUAUACCUGUAGGUUUAGUGGCCAAGGGACCCGGGAGUUCAAAUGUCAGGUUAAGUGUAGUUGAAGCUCACAUUAAUUGAUGGGUUGUAUAAAUAUAAAAUUGAAGAAAUUAUGUUAAAAAAUAUUUCUGAAUGAAUAUAUUGAUGUAUUCAAUACUAAUAGUUCUGAUUUAUUUUAGAAGUAUUAAUUUGUAACUCCACAUGUACAUAAUAUGUCCACCGCUUAUUGUCCCUCUACAUAGAAUCUUUUUGUGUUACAAAAGAAAAACACUCUUGUGUCUAUGCUAGUGUUACUAACACUUUAAUAUUAUGAACUUUCAAGCUUCAAUGCAGAAUUAAGAAAGAAAAUCUUGUCUUUUGAUUUAAAAUAUGAUUUCAUUUUCUCAAAAUUUGUCCUUUGCAUUGUAACUGGUGUUUUGUUUUGAUAAUUUUUUUCUGCUGUCAAAACUCACAACAGAGUAGUCUGUAAUACACCUUGGUAAUGUAAUUUUAAUGUUAAGAACAUAUUUACACAGUUGGUUCAUUAAAGUGAACAUUAUUAAGAAUAACAUUUUGAUAUUUGGGAUGUCUUGUCUAUUUUGUGAACAAAAUUUGAGUCUUUUUUUUCUUUUUUUUUCUUAACUAAAGCCUCAAAACCCACUGUACAAAUAGUGUUUAUUUCACAAAUGCUUAAAAUGAACUGAAUAUAUGGAUUUCUAAAAAUGAAUUGAACACAUGGAUUUUUUUUUACAAAUGAACUGAAUAUAUGGAUUUCUAAAAAUGAACAGAAUAUAUGGAUUUCUAAAAAUGAACAAUAUAUGGGUUUCUAAAAAUGAAUUGAACAUAUGGAUUUUUUUUCAAAUGAACUGAAUAUAUGGAUUUCUAAAAAUGAAUUGAACACAUGGAUUUUUUUUACAUAUGAACUGAAUAUAUGGAUUUCUAAAAAUGAACAGAAUAUAUUGAUUUCUAAUAAUGAACAGAAUAUAUGGAUUUCUAGUUAGUUAACAUUGUUGUUAUUGUCUUAAUUCUGCUUAUAGGAUAUAAUGAGAUAAGCAGGGAACUGUUAUAUAUAUAUAAUUUAUAAUGAAUGAUAUAUAGACAAGGAAACUACACCCUUGGACUGGUGACAUGGUUUCUGAUGUCAGCACUGUACUAUGAUGUAGAGUCGCCAUCAAAUACAAUGCAUGUUUUGUAUAAACAAAUUGUAGAAAAUGUAUUUGUGGAUUUGAUAAAUCUUAUUGAUUUGGAGUAAAAAAAUUAUAAAAAUGA